AUGGCGGCUGCUGUGGGUGUAAACAAGCAGGGGACCGCAGCAACGAUGGACGUCUGUGUUCGGCACGGCAGAGGGGCCACAGGCAACACGGUGAAGGUUGGUUGAAUACUUGCACGUCUGAAGAAGCAUAUAAACAAUGUUUGGGGGCGAUAAUAUCGGUCGAAUCGGCCGACAAGGGCGCUCAAUUCUGCCUUCGUGGCUUCGGAUGCUUCUUCUGCCGGGGCGUCACUGCAGUGUCAAACGAUGGGCCUGCAGUUUUUGUGUCUGCGUAGACAUGCAAUCCACAAAAUCCAGAUGGCAUUUCUGUGUGCAAUUAAGUGCCCUGACAGCUUUUUGUAAACCACGCAAUUGCAUCAGUUAACUUCACCUGUUAAUUGGAUGCGUAUAUUAGCAUAGCUAGCUAGCUUGAUACUGCAUCAUUUAACCAGACCGAGGUCAAAUUGGUUUUAUAUUGGAUAUUCUAUUCCCUCUCCUCAAUAGUUAUUGAACCAAUCCUGCCAUGACUAUGAAGAUGGUAUAUUCUGAAUCAGUGGUGGCUGGAGAAAAAUCCACACUUUUUGUGUAUUUCUUAAUAAGAUUUUAGAUUUAAACUUCAAUAGCUAUUACCAUUGAUGUACAAUGAACACAAAUAUAAACGCUAAACAGUUUCUAAGAUUUUACUGAGUUACUUCAUAUAAGGAAAUCAGUCAAUUGAAAUAAAUUCAUUAGGCCCUAAUCUAUUGAUUUUACACGACAGGGAAUAUAGAUAUGCAUCUGUUAAAAAAAAAAAACACCUUGGGGCGUGGAUCGGACAACCAGUCAGUAUCUGGUGUGAUGAUCAAGCUGUUUAAUCAGCUUCUUGAUAUGCUACACCUGUCAGGUGGAUGGUUUAUCUUGGCAAAGGAGAAAUGCUCACUAACAGGGAUGUAAACAAAUUUGUGUACAAAGUUUCAGAGAAAUAAGCUUUAUAUUGGCACUCCCCAGUAGGAGCAGGCCUCCAUAGGAAUUAUACAGUAUUUCAGUUGUGUUUCAAGGACUAAAUUAAAUGUAUAAGUAUUUUAGUUAUUGUGGUGACAGUAACAUUAGUAAUCUAAAAAAUAUAUACUUUAAAGAUUAUUUUCUUCAUUUUUGUAUGUUAAGCUCACAUAAUAUAAUUCAAAAGUAUGCAUUAAGGUGUCUGUAAUAGAAUAAAUGUGGCAAAAACAAAUGUAAACAUGAAUAAAUGCAUUUCUAUAGCUUCCUAAAUAUAUCCAGUGUAUAUAUAAAUCAUUGGCUCUUACACAAAGCGUGCCAUGACUAUUAGAUUUUAGUAAUUUAGCAGACGCUCUUAUCCAGAGCGACUUAAAGGAGCAAUUAGGGUUAAGUGCCUUGCUCAAGGGCACAUCGACAGGAUUUUCACCUAGUCGGCUCGGGGAUUAGAACCAGCGACCUUUCGGUUACUGGCACAACGCUCUUAACCACUAAGCUACCUGCCACCCCUAAAAUGCUAUAUUCAGAAUUGGGAUGAGGGACAAAAAUUCACAGGUUUUUUUCAAUAACCAAAAAUUCUAGCGUUUUCAUAAUUUAUUUAGCUUUCAUUCUUCAAUAGCUUUUACACAAAGCGUGUCAUGACUAUAAAAAUGAUAUUUUUAAUCGGGGGAGGAUGGACAAAAAUCCACAGCUUUUUCGUUGUUGAAAUUUAGAUUUUCUUUUCUGGGGGUCUUUCAAUCUUCAUUAACUCUUACACAAAGCAUGCCAUGACUAUGAAAAUGACAUACUGAAUCGGUGGAGGAUGGACAAAAAUCAGCCCCCCCAAAAAAGUGUUUUAUUAUUUUAUUUUAUUGCUUUCGAUCUUCAUUAGCUCUUACACAAAGCAUUAAGUGACUAUGAAAAUGAUAGAGGCAGGAGGGGGACAAUAAGGCAAUGCAUAUUCCUAAUCUCAGUCCAUGGAGAAAUAAAUAUGCAAACACUCAACCUGUGUGUGGGUGUCUGACUAAACCUGUGUUUGUGUUGUUGUUGUGGUUCCCAGGUGUUGGAGUGUGGAGUGUGUGAGGAUGUCUUCUCUCUCCAAGGGGACAAGGUCCCCCGGCUGCUGCUCUGCGGUCACACGGUCUGCCAUGACUGUCUGACCCGGCUGCCCCUUCAUGGUAGAGCCGUCCGCUGCCCCUUCGACAGACAGGUCACUGAACUGGGUGAGUUCCGUAGGGUUCAGUUUCUAUACAGGCCUAUUGUUUUCCUGUGUCUGUGGUAGAGGAUGUGAGUGGAGUGGAGCGUGUGUAAUUUGGCUGGAGCGGAUUUAAAAAAUGUUGGCGAUUCGGCAUUCUCUCCUGCUCCAAUUUCGCUCCGGUACUGCUCAGCUACGAGCUCUGGGCGUGCUCUGCCCAGCGUUUUUCAUUUCCUUCAUCACUUUUCUUUUAAUAAGGCCUAUUCUGUUGUAUUUAUUUAGCCGACCCCACCACUAAUGCGCAGAGAUGUUGAUAUGAGUCGACAAAGAAAUGGAUCACACAGCCUGUAAUUGAUAGCAAGGCAACGAAUGAGCCCAUGCAGCAGAACUGGAGACGUUUUGAUUUCUAUAUAGGCUAUUGUAAAACAAAAAGAAGAGUCUAAGUUUGAGCAAAUUUGCAGUGGCAUUUAUAAAUGUUUUGUGAGCGCUGAUCUAUUUUUUUUGCAGAGCGGGGGAAAGGACAUUGCGCCAUGGAGCUAUGUGCAAAAACCCUCCGUGAGCGAUGAGUGGGAUUUCCAAUGCCUCACAUACUCUGGUCUGACAUCCAUCCCUCUCUCUGUCUCUCUCAGGGGACUCUGGUGUGUGGGGUCUGAAGAAGAACUUUGCUCUGCUGGAGCUUCUGGAGAGGCUGCAGAAUGGAGCGUCCAACCAGUUGGGCAUGGCAGAGGAUGCCCUCAAAGGCAUGGGAGAGGUAGGCAGUAGUUACCCACGCCCUGGGUUCCCAUCUUUCAUCUGCAAUUAUCUGAAAACACAGAGGAUAGGUGAAAGCAAUAUGGGAAUUUGCUUUGCUCUGCCUAGUUUUUUCAUAAUCCAUCCAGUUCUCAAUGACGGUUACAUUUCAUGUGUUGUCAUUAAGUAAGUAACACUAUCCUAUGUUCUUCCCUUUCCUUCUAGAGUAUAAUCCGCUGUGACGAGGACGAGAGCCACACGGCGUCUAUGUACUGCACGGUGUGUGCCACCCACCUGUGUGCAGACUGCUCCCAGCUCAUCCACUCCACCCGCACCCUGGCCAAGCACCGGCGGGUGCCCCUGGCAGACAAGCCCCACGAGAAGACGCUGUGCCUGCAGCACCAGGUCCACGCCAUCGAGUUUGUCUGUCAGGAGGAGAUCUGCCAGCCUGGGCCACUCAUGUGCUGCGUGUGCAAAGAGUACGGCAAGCACCAGGGACAUAAGGUACGGAAGGAGGAUGAGUCCGCUUGGAGAAUAUCAGUAUCGGUAUUGACUGACUGAUGUCAAUCUCUUAAGCAACAUUCCUAGCACUAGAGACAACAAUAUAUGUUUUUAUUAGAACCCAACCAAUAUGGCAUUUUUGGAUCCGAUACAAUUCCGAUUUUAGAGUGGAAAUAUUCACAGAUAACCAAUAAAACCUUUUCUGUAUUGAUUGUGCUAAAAACAGCCCUACAAAGAACAUUUUAAUGUAAGCACCACAUCAAAUUUAGGAGCACCAGAAAAUUUUUUUUUGUGAAUGGGAGGAUAAACUGCAAAGAUCUAGACUGAAGACUGAGCUGCCUCAUGCUAGCCAGCUGGACACAUGUUCAAUGUAUUGGUAUUUAGCUAUGUUUUAAUAGCUAAAUACUGUAGCCACUGAAUUCUGGUAGUUGUCACUUUUAAAGGAAAAACAUAAAUCACAAAAUUUGGCGCUGGCACUCUAAGCGUUGCUCAGUGAACGGUCCUUGCUAUCCGGGAUCCUUGGGACGUCCCUAUCCCAUUGAAGUUGACAUUUUAAAAUGGUAAGGGUUAAGGUUUGGGUUAGGUAAGGGUUAUGGUUUGGGAAGUGUUAAGGUUAGUGUUUAGCGUAGGGAUGUCCCAAGGAUUCCGGAUAGCACUAACCCUCAGUGAACGGCGUCAAGUACUCACACAGCUAGUUAGCUGGCUAGAUGGGGGUGGCAAGUUGUUCGAUCGGGUUCAAGUCCGGGCUCUGGCUGGGCCGCUCAAGGACAUUCAGAGACUUGUCCCGAACACUCCUGCGUUGUUUUGGCUGUGUGCUUAGGGUUGUUGUCCUGUUGGAAGGUCCUGAGCGCUCUGGAGCAGGUUUUCAUCGAGGAUCUCUCUGUACUUUACUCCGUUCAUCUUUCCCUUGAUCCUGACAGUCUCCCAGUCCCUGCCGCUGAACAACAUCGCCACAGCAUGAUGCUGCCACCACCAUGCUUCACCUUAGGGAUGAUGCCAGGUUUCCUCCAGACGUGACGGUUGGCAUUCAGGCCAAAGAGCUCAAUCUUGGUUUCAUCAGACCAGAGAAUCUGGUUUCUCAUGGUCUGGGAGUCUUUAGGUGCAAACUCCAAGCGGGCUGUCAUGUGCCUUUUACUGAGGAGUGGCUUCCGUCUGGCCACUCUACCAUAAAGGCCUGAUUGGUGGAGUGCUGCAGAGAUGGUUGUUCUUCUGGAAGGUUCUCCCAUCUCCACAGAGGAACUCUGGAGCUCUGUCAGAGUGACCAUUGGGUUCCUGGUCACCUCCCUGACCAAUGCCCUUCUCCCCCGAUUGCUCAGUUUGGCCGGGCCGUCAGCUCUAGGAAGAGUCUUGGUGGUUCCAAACUUCUUCCAUUUAAGAAUGAUUGAGGGCACUGUGUUCUUGGGGACCUUCAAUGCUGCAGAAAUGUUUUGGUACCCUUCCCCAGAUCUGUGCCUCGAACACAAUCCUGUCUUGGAGCUCUAAGGACAAUUCCUUCGACCUAAUGGCUUGGUUUUUGCUCUGACAUGCACUGUCAACUGUGGGACCUUAUAUAGACAGGUGUGUGCCUUUCCAAAUAAUGUCCAAUCAAUUGAAUUUACCACAGAUGGACUCCAAUCAAGUUGUAGAAAUGAAAGGGGAGAGGGAGACACACAACUCUGUAUCGGAGUAGCGUCAUUUCUUCUCCGGGACAAUUUGGCCGGCUACAGUUUAUUUAUUUAUCUGCAUUUCUUUUUUUUUUUGCUGGCAUUUACCGGCUAAGGGAAUCCCGGGUGCGUAGUCAUGGGUGAACAGUGAGUAAAGGAGGGGGCUGAGCACGCACCCCUGUGGGGCUCCUGUGUUGAGGAUCAGUGUGGCGGAGGUGUUGUUGCCUACCUUCACCACCUGGGGGCGGCCCGUCAGGAAGUCUAGGACCCAGUUGCACAGGAAGGGGUUCAGACCAAGGGCCCUGAGCUUAGUGACAAGCUUGGAGGGUACUAUGGUGUUGACGGUUGAGGCUGUUCAACUGCUAUGAUUUGAUUAAUUUCUCCUUGCUGAUUGCUUCCUUCCUGUAGCAUGCAGUUCUGGAGGCAGAGGCCAAUCAGAUCCGUGCGUCCAUCCUGGACAUGGCCCACUGUAUCCGGACGUUCACAGAGGAGGUGUCGGAGUAUUCCAGGAAGCUGGUUGGGAUCGUACAGCAGAUCGAGGGAGGAGAACAGAUAGUGGAGGACAGCAUCGGCAUGGCACACACUGAACAUGUAAGAACAGCUGGCAAUGACUUUUUGCAUAAUAUACAACAGAAUAACUUUAGAUGUCAAAGAGGAUAGAUAGGCAAUUGAGGUAUAAUCAAUGUAAAGCUGUUACUGUGUUUACCAAUUACAAUGGCUACAUUUCAAGGUCCACUGAAACUUCAUUGUUUCCUUCCAAAAAGUCAUAAUAUAGCUUAUGGUUUAUCAUAGUAUAUAUUUCCUAAUGCUGUGUGUAAUCUGUGUAUUCCUGAUGGACUCAGUCGUCUGUGGGUGUUCCCCAGGUCCCAGGCACGGCAGAGAGUGCACGGUCCUGCGUACGGGCUUACUUCGCUGACCUCCACGAGACGCUGUGCAGACAGGAGGAGAUGGCGCUCAGCGUAGUAGACGCCCACGUCCGAGAGAGACUCAUCUGGCUCCGGCAGCAGCAGGAGGACAUGACCAUCCUGCUUUCCCAGGUCUCCACUGCCUGCUUGCACUGUGAGAAGACACUACAGCAGGUAGGAGCUAAAAUGGGGCCACCAAUGGGCAUAGCAUCUAGAGCACAACGUAGGAACGCAAUCUCUGCUUGCGCUGGAAGGUGCCGUCAUUUUCAAUAAGCAGCUUUGCAGUGCUAUGUUCUUCCUAAGGUCUUCUGUAUGCGUAUUCAAUUUUACAGUCCCUCCUGGAUUCUGCUAUCGCAAAUGUUUUUUUUCUCAAAAUCAAUAAUGCCCUGCCGUGUAUAUUAUGCGAGUGCUUGCAAAUUUGACUAAUCCCCGCAUUAUUUCCACAUUUAACUGACUCAUCAUCGCAGCACAAAGAGGGCUCACAAUCUCAACCAAUCACUGCACAUUUACCACAUAUGGUUCAAUCAAGCCACACGUCAACCCACCCCUCGUCAGCGCAUUUGUGAAAAAUUUGACAAUCAUUGCAUAUUGCCAAACAAAAUGUCAGAAUUGCCGCAGCAAAAUCAAACAUUUUUGCACACAAGUAUCACAAACAAUCCCAGUAAAAUCCCGGAGGGACUGAUAGUAAGUCAUGAUUGAUGACUUUCCCGUCUCUCUCGGUAGGAUGACUGCAGGGUGGUUCUGGCCAAGCAGGAGAUCAACAGACUGUUGGAGACUCUGCAGAAACAGCAGCAGCAGUUCACUGAGCUGGCCGACCACAUCCAGCUAGACGCUGGUAUCCCCGUCACAUUCACCAAGGUACAGCACUCUGCUCUACUCUGUAGGAAUUCAAGACUUGGCACACACUCUAUUGAAAGAUAAUUAGUUACCUCAUUUAGACUACAUGGUUUUCUCUGUUCCAGGACAACCGGGUCCACAUCGGUCCAAAGAUGGAGAUCAGGGUGGUGACCCUGGGACUGGAUGGUGCAGGGAAAACCACCAUCCUCUUCAAGCUGAAACAGGAUGAGUUUAUGCAACCAAUCCCUACCAUAGGUAAACCCACAACAGUCUUUGUCAUGUAGGCAAGUGUAAAAUUGUACAUUUACCUUAAUUAUAUUGACACUAGCCAUUCCUUCUUGUCAUCUCUAGGUUUUAAUGUGGAAACAGUGGAGUAUAAGAAUCUCAAGUUCACCAUCUGGGACGUUGGUGGAAAACAUAAGCUACGACCUCUCUGGAAGCACUAUUACCUGAACACACAAGGUACAUUACAUGACCAAAAGUAUGUGGACACCUGCUUGUCGGACAUCUCAUUCCAAAAUCAUGGGCAUUAAUAUGGAGUUGGUCCCCCCUUUGCUGCUGUAACAGCCUCCACUCUUUUGGAAGGCUUUCCACUAGAUGUUGGAACAUAGCUGCGGGGACUUGCUUCCAUUCAGCCACGAGCAUUAGUGAGGUCGGGCACUGAUGUUGGGUGAUUAGGCCUGGCUUGCAGUCUGCGUUCCAAUUCAUCCCAAAGGUGUUUGAUGGGGUUGAGGUCAGGGCUCUGUGCAGGCCAGUCAAGUUCUUCCACACUGAUCUCGACAAACCAUUUCUGUAUGGACCUUGCUUUGUGCACUGGGGCAUUGUCAUGCUGAAACAGGAAAGGGCCUUCCCCAAACUGUUGCACAAAAGUUGGAAGCACAGAAUCGUCUAGAAUGUCAUUGUAUGCUGUAGCGUUAAGAUUUCCCUUCACUGGAACUAAGGUGCCUAGCCCGAACCAUGAAAAACAGCCCCAGACCAUUAUUCCUCCUCCACCAAACUUUACAGUUGGCACUAUGCAUUGGGGCAGGUAGCGUUCUCCUGGCAUCCGCCAAACCCAGAUUCGUCCGUCGGACUGCCAGAUGGUGAAGCGUUUCCACUGCUCCAGAGUCCAAUGGCGGCAAGCUUUCCACCACUCGGCCAUGGAAACCCAUUUCAUUAAGCUGCCGACAAACAGUUAUUGUGCUGACGUUGCUUCCAGAGGCAGUUUGGAAGUUGGUAGUGAGUGUUGCAACCAAGAACAGACGCUACGCGCUUCAGCACUGUGCAAUCCCAUUCUGUGAGCUUGUGUGGCCUACCACUUCGCGGCUGAGCCGUUGUUGCUCCUAGACGUUUCCACUUCACAGUAACAGCACUUACAGUUGACCGGGGCAGCUCUAGCAGGGCAGAAAUCUAACAAACUGACUUGUUGGAAAGGUGGCAUCCUAUGAUGGUGCCACGUUGAAAGUCACUGAGCUCAUCAGUACGAGCCAUUCUACUGCCAUUGUUUGUCUAUGGAGAUUGCAUGGCUGUGUGCUCGAUUUUAUACACCUGUCAGCAACAGGUGUGGCUGAAAUAGCCAAAUCCACUAAUUUGAAAGGGUGUCCACAUACUUUUGUAUAUAUAGUAUCUGUCUAUCCUCUCUCUUUCAUAUUACCUGCUUCUCUUACUGUAUAUCAAUAAAUAUGACACGUACUGAUUUUGAAGAGAAAGAAUUUGAAAAUAUAUACAAAAAAAAACGUUUCAGAAAAUAUUUGUUUUUCACUCAUCCAGGAAACAGGUUAUGAAUGAAUAGUGCCCUGACUUUCUCUGUUUCUCUCUCCAGCCGUGGUGUUUGUGAUUGACAGCUGUCACAGAGACAGGCUGAUGGAGGCCCACAGUGAGCUGGCAAAACUGCUGACAGAGAAAGAGCUGAGAGAUGCCCUGCUGCUCAUCUUCGCCAACAAACAGGUACACACAGCCCCCUGGUCCAACAAACAGGUACACACAGCCCCCUGGUCCAACAAACAGGUACACACAGCCCCCUGGUCCAACAAACAGGUACACACAUCCCCUGGUCCAACAAACAGAUACACAUACACACACACACAGCCCCCUGGUCCAACAAACAGAUACACACACACACACACACACACACACACACACACACAGCCCCCUGGUCCAACAAACAGAUACACACACACACACAGCCCCCUGGUCCAACAAACAGAUACACACACACACACACACACACACACACACACACACACACACAGCCCCCUGGUCCAACAAACAGAUACACACACACACACACACACACACACACACACACACACAGCCCCCUGGUCCAACAAACAGAUACACACACAGCCCCCUGGUCCAACAACAGAUACACACACACACACACAGCCCCCUGGUCCAACAAACAGAUACACACACACACACACACAGCCCCCUGGUCCAACAAACAGAUACACACACCACACACACACACACACACACACACACACACAGCCCCCUGGUCCAACAAACAGAUACACACACACACACACACCACACAGCCCCCUGGUCCAACAAACAGAUACACACACACACACACACAGCCCCCUGGUCCAACAAACAGAUACACACACACACACACACACAGCCCCCUGGUCCAACAAACAGAUACACACACACACAGCCCCCUGGUCCAACAAACACACAUACAAAGAUGAUUGAUUGGCUGAUUAACUCAUUGAUUCCUCUAUCCUCACCUGCAGGAUGUCCCCGGGGCUGUUUCAGUGGAGGAGUUAACGGAGCUACUGAGCCUUCACAAGCUGUGCUGUGGGAGGAGCUGGCACAUCCAAGGCUGUGACGCCCGCAGCGGCACGGGGCUCCACGAGGGCCUGGACUGGCUGUCCCGACAGCUGGUGGCUGCAGGCGUACUGGACGUGGCCUAAACCUCCCGAUGACUGACGUCUG